AUGAAAGUCGUCGGCCUCACUGGUGGCAUUGCCUCAGGCAAAUCAACGGUCGCAAAGACGAUUCAAUCGCUCAACAUCCCGCUCAUCGACUGCGACCUCCUUGCCCGCCUGGUCGUCGAACCAACGCAUGCCUGCUAUCGCAAACUCGUCAAACAUUUCGGCACCGUUAUCCUCCAGAACCAACAAGACGGUCAACCUCUGGAUCGAUACAAGUUUGGAACUAUUAUCUUUUCGGAUGCUGCUCAACGACGGAUUGCGAAUGGUAUUAUUCACCCGGCGGUCAGGGAUGAGAUUCUGAAGAGGUUGUUCAAGUAUUGGAUUAGGGGUAUUUCUUUAGUCGUUGUGGAUGUUCCCCUCUUGCUUGAAGGAGAGCUCUGGCGUAUCGUCAGCGACGUCAUCGUCGUCUACUGCCCGCCAGAGGUGCAAUUGGAAAGAAUCAAAACACGGGACGGCUUAUCAGAAGAAGACGCCCUGGCGCGCAUCAACGCACAAAGACCACUCAUCGAAAAAGUCGACUAUGCGGACCAUGUCAUCUACAACACCUCCGACCUCGAAUCCCUCAACACCGCAACCCUCAAAGUCUUGGAGACCAUCAAACCAAGUCCCUUCUGGACCGCCCUCGCCUGGUUCCCUCCCUUUACGGUUCUCUUGGCUGGAUGGGUCAUUGUCAAGAGACACUUGAAGGGCGAUCCUAGAAAGACUCUGGAUAGCAAGAAGAAGAAGAACGAUGAUGAUGGUCAUUCUAUGGCCGCUGAGCCUACUCCUACUUCAUCAUCUACUCUUGCACCUCCUACGCACGCGUCUUAA